GUUCAAAAUAUUAUCAUCUGAUUUACAAUACAUGUAAUCUUAGGUUUUGAUUUGAUAUUUAACACCGUUUAUCCUAUCCAUCUAUCUACACACAAUAUUUAUACAGAAUUCAAAUUUGUGUUUGAUGAUCGGAUUAGACAUACAAAAAUGGUGACUUUAGAAUCAAAUAGGAACGUAGAGAAAGGCAGACGGGUGGAAUUGCCUCCUAUUUUAACUGAUACUGAGAUGCCAUGUACUUGGAAAGAAUACGUAAACAACGUUCUUUUGGAUAGUAACUACGUUUCACGUGCUGCCAUUUUAGGGAAUGAUGGCAAAUCAUGGGCGACGUCUACUGGAUUCUACGUAUCACCAGCAGAACUUCGUGAAAUCAUUCCCGCCUUUGUUGAUUCGACAAAAAUCAGAAAUGAAGGAAUAUGUUUAAACAAUAAACGUUACACGUGUACCCGAAUGGACAGUACUAUCAUGGUUGGUCGGGAAAUAGCUACGGGAUUUGGUUGCGUUAUUUUUAAGUGUAAGACAUGUUUAAUAGUCGGAAUUUAUGAGGACGGAGUACAUCCAGGAGGGUGCUAUAACAUGAUUUCAAAAGUUGGUGACUAUUUGAAAGACCAAGGGUAUUGAAUAUAGAAUCAGAUUUAUUCCAAAUGUGCAAUAUAAGGUAUUGACAAGGAAACAUCUAAAAGCAUGCGAAUGCUGUUCAUCUAACUGCUUUAGUCAAAAGAUGGAUUCCGACGUUUAAAGAUGUUUUGGAUUAUGAUUAGAUUCCUAGUACUAAAUCCCAUGUCCGAAGGAUUUAUUCAGUAGUUAUGGUAGUUAUUGUACAACAAACGUCUGAAGGAACAUGAAGACAGCAUAUAUUAUUCACCUUACUCAGGACAGGAAGUAAUAAAAGACGGAAUAAUCGGGUUGUUCUAAACGCAUGUUAUCAUUUAGAAUAAUGUCAAAAGUUGUUACUCUUAUCUAACUUAUCUCAAUGCAAUACUUGACUGUAUCCUUUUAAAGGAUUUAAGUCCAAUAUUUGUUAUUGAAUUAUUUGGCUUGCUUUUAAUCAUGCUUCAUUUCAUAUUUAUACAACCGGACUUUUAUGCAUUAUUUCUUACUUUAUGGAAAUUCAGUUCUUUUCAUAUAUAUAUAUUCUGUUUUUUAUAUUCAUAAAUUCAAGAUUAAAAGGUAAAAAUUGAUUUGUGUUAAAUUACAAUUGUUAUUCAGGAAAUAUAGAAUUUCUUUUCAAUGAGUUUCCAUAUUUAAUCAAUUGCAAACAUGACUGAAAAGGUAUUGGUUUUCCUUAUUCAAUGCUGAAAGCGGAGAAGUACAAAGAGUAUAUACAUUGAAAAUGUUGGCCAUUUCAAAUCUCAUUAAAUAAUCAAUUUUAAAUUGAUAAAAUCACGCGAAAUGGAUUAACACUGAAGAAAUUCAAAUGUUCUUGAGUACAGAUUAAAUCAACAAGAAUUUGUUACAAAUUAUAUUUAAUGGAUCUUGACUUUAUGCACUACUGAUCUGUCAAUUGGAAAACUGAUACAUAUGCAUACAUGUAUAGCUGUAUUUGAAAUAAAAGUUAAAGAGUA